UUGGAGACGGGUUAAAACGGGAAAGAGUGAAAGUAAAGUCACGUCGGUCCGUUUUGGUUCUGAGAGAGACAGUAAGUGAAGGAGUGAAGCCUAAGGGAAGAUAAAAAGAGAGAAUAAUAUUUAGGUUGUUGUCGUUGCAGUUAAGCUCUCUCCUCCCUCUCGCCAAAAAUCUUUUCUAAUAUUCCAUUUCUACCCUCUCGUCUCUUUCUCUCCAAAACACACACAUCAUCAAACCAACACUUGUCUGCUGCAAAGUCUCAAAAAACUCUCAGACUCUCUCUUCUUUCUUGGUUUCAAGAUCACUCCUUCAUCAAUGGAGUCUGAUGAUUGUUCUGUUAAGGUUGCUGUUCACAUCAGACCCCUCAUCGGAGACGAAAGGCUUCUAGGUUGUAAAGAUUGUGUCACUGUCGUUUCUGGUAAACCACAGGUACAAAUUGGAUCACAUUCUUUUACUUUUGAUCAUGUAUAUGGAAGCACUGGUACUCCAUCUACUGAAAUGUAUCAAGAAUGUGCUGCACCACUCGUUGAUGGUUUAUUUCAAGGCUACAACGCUACGGUUCUUGCUUAUGGACAGACUGGUUCAGGUAAAACAUACACAAUGGGUACUGGCUGUGGAGACACCAGCCAAACAGGAAUCGUUCCUCAAGUUAUGAAUGCUCUUUUCACCAAGAUUGAGACUCACAAGGAUCAGAUCGAGUUUCAGAUCCACGUUUCUUUCAUAGAGAUUCAUAAAGAAGAGGUGCAAGAUUUGUUGGAUCCUUCUACUAUUAACAAAUCAGACACUGCUAGUAAUGGCAAGGACUCCCUUGGGGGUAACAGCAGAACUGUGAUGAUAGCUUGCAUCAGUCCUGCAGAUAUAAAUGCUGAGGAAACACUCAACACACUUAAAUAUGCAAACCGUGCUCGGAACAUCCGGAACAAACCUGUUGUUAAUAGAGAUCCUGUGUCUAGUGAGAUGAUAAAGAUGCGCCAACAGCUAGAAUACUUGCAAGCAGAACUCUCCUUAAGGAAUGGAGGGUCCUCAUGUGCAGAACUCCAAGCUCUUAAGGAAAGGAUUGCUUGUCUCGAAACUACUAAUGAAGACCUUUGCCGUGAACUUCAUCAGUACAGAAGCAGAUAUGCUGGCGUAGAGCAUUCUGAGAAAGACUUUAAAGACAUACAAGCUGAUGAAAUCGUCGGUUCUGUAAGACCUGAUGGGCUGAAAAGGAGUUUGCACAGUAUAGAGUCGUCUAACUAUCCCAUGGUUGAAGCCACAAUAGGUGAUUCAAGGGAAAUAGAUGAAGAGGCAAAGGAGUGGGAACACAAACUCUUGCAGAAUAGUAUGGACAAAGAGUUGCAUGAACUGAACCGUCGUCUGGAAGAAAAAGAGUCUGAAAUGAAGCUUUUUGACGGCUAUGAUCCUGCUGCACUGAAGCAACAUUUUGGGAAGAAAAUUGCAGAGGUGGAGGAGGAAAAGAGAGCUGUUCAGGAAGAGAGAAACCGUUUGAUGGCUGAGAUUGAGAACCUUGCUUCUGAUGGUCAAGCACAGAAGUUGCAAGAUGAGCAUGCUCAGAAUCUGAAAGCACUAGAAGCACAGAUUCAAGACCUUAAGAAAAAGCAAGAGAGCCAAGUUCAGCUACUGAAGCAGAAACAGAAGAGUGAUGAUGCUGCUAGGAGGUUACAAGAAGAGAUUCAAUCCAUCAAGGCACAAAAGGUUCAGCUGCAGCACAGAAUGAAACAAGAAGCAGAACAGUUUAGACAGUGGAAAGCCUCCAGGGAGAAGGAACUUUUGCAGUUGAGGAAAGAAGGCAGAAAGAGUGAGUAUGAAAGGCAUAAGCUACAAGCUUUGAAUCAGCGUCAGAAAAUGGUUCUUCAGAGGAAGACAGAAGAGGCUGCAAUGGCUACCAAGAGGUUAAAAGAGUUGUUGGAAGCUCGUAAAUCUUCUUCUCGUGAACAUUCAGGUAUGUUCUUACUCUUCUAUACAAAUGAGAAGGCGUUGCAGAGAUGGCUAGAUCAUGAGCUAGAAGUCAUGGUGAAUGUGCAUGAAGUGCGUCAUGAGUACGAGAAACAAAGCCAUGUACGAGCUGCUCUAGCAGAAGAGUUGUCUGUGUUAAGACAAGUGGAUGAGUUUGCAGUGAAAGGCUUAAGUCCUCCAAGAGGAAAAAAUGGCUUUGCUAGAGCAUCAUCGUUGUCACCUACUGCAAGGAUGGCUAGAAUAUCAUCACUUGAGAACAUGCUAGGCAUAUCUUCAAACUCUCUAGUAGCAAUGGCCUCACAGCUUUCUGAGGCAGAAGAACGAGAACGCGCUUUUACAAGCCGUGGCCGCUGGAACCAGCUAAGAUCAAUGGGAGAGGCAAAGAACUUGCUUCAGUACAUGUUCAACUCUCUUGCAGAAACAAGGUGCCAAGUGUGGGAGAAGGAUGUUGAAAUAAAGGAAAUGAAAGAUCAGUUCAAAGAGAUUGUUGGCCUUUUGAGGCAGAGUGAGCUGAGAAGGAAAGAAGCUGAAAAGGAGCUUAAAGUAAGAGAGCAAGCACUUGCAACUUCUUUAGCUUCAUCUCCUCUUGGUACCCCUCCUAGCUCAGUGAAACAUAUAGCUGAAGACAUGAACAACACACCUUCUCCAAUGACUGUGCCAGCACAGAAACAGCUCAAGUUUACACCAGGGAUUGCUAACGGGAAAGUGAAAGACUCAGCUGCAUUUAUCAAUGCAAACAAGAAGAUGGUACCAAUGGGACAAGUAUCAAUGAGGAAACUAUCAGCAGUUGGACAAAAGAGUGGGAAGCUUUGGAGGUGGAAGAGAAGUCAUCACCAGUGGAUUGUACAGUUCAAAUGGAAGUGGCAAAAGCCAUGGAGGCUCUCUGAGUGGAUUAGGCACAGUGAUGAAACACUUCUCAAAGCAAAACCUAGACACAAAGCUCUGCCUAAUAAGAUCACUAAUAGGAUCAUGUGA